AAGAAGAUCAGCGAAGGAGGUCGAUACAAGAUGAAGAUGGACCCUGACGGCAAGAUCUACCACCUGGUCAUCCUGGAGGUGGCCAAGGUCUCGAGCGCCGACGAAGGCGAGUAUAAGGCCCUGGCUAGCAACAAGUUCGGCGAGGGCAUCGCCACCAUCAACCUCUCCUUCGAAGGGAAGACCGCGUCUGACAAACCAAAGAUCCCCGACGGCAAGGCGCCCCGCUUCCCAAAGAAACCUGAGAUUAGGCAGGAAGGCGACAAGCUGGUCAUGGAGUGCCUCCUCGAAGCCAACCCUGAGCCUGAGGUGACCUGGUUCAAGGGAAAUCAGAUGGUGCAAGAACAGGGCCGCAUCUCCAUGUACAAGAAGAUCUGCGGAAGAGAUCAGUACGUCGUCUCAGUUACCAUCACAGGUCCCACCGCCGAAGACGGAGGCCAGUGGAGGGUCAACGCUUUCAAUCCAUUCGGUGACUCCAACGCCAACAUCGCUCUCAAUUUCGAGAAGGGCAAAGCUAUCCCUGAGGGCUUUGCACCCACGUUCCUCGACAAACCUUCCAUCAUUCCCAACGAAACUGGCACAAUGAUCACCAUGAAGGUCCGCUGCAAGGCAAAGCCCCAACCUACAGUCGAAUGGUUCAAAGACGGCAAGAAACUCGAAGCUGCCAAGCGUCUGGUGAUCAAAGAACACAAAGUCACGGCUGAGAUGUUUGAAUAUUCUUGUAUAGUGAAGGAUCCCUGUGGGUCUGACGCUGGUAAAUACAAGUGCGUGGCCAUGAACCAGUUCGGUGAAGCCACCGCCAACGUGAACCUCAACAUCGAGGCUGACCCGGAGCCCACGGGUCAAGCGCCUGUCUUCGUCGAGAAGCCGACCAUCAAGUUCGAGGAGAAGGCCGGUCGCGUCUUGAUGGAGGCCCUCGUCCGAGCCGAUCCCGAGCCCACUUCCAAGUGGACGAAGGACGGCAAGGACCUCGAUGCCUCGAGGGUGACUGCAACGGUGACCAGAGAGAAGGACGACCUGUAUCGCAUCCGCCUCGAGCUGAGGAAACCUCAGCCCACCGAUGGCGGCGUUUACAAGUGCAACAUUAAGAACGAGUUCGGGGAACUAAACGCCAAUCUCAAUCUGAACAUCGAGGUGGCUCCGACAAUCAAGAAGCCUCCGAAGAUUGUGUCAGUCUUCAACCGCAAGGUUGUGAUGGAAUGUGUUGUGAUGUCCACCUCGAAGCCCAGCUGCUCCUGGUUCAAGGAAACCACUAAGGUCAAACUCGACACGAGGCACUGCAUCAACGUCAAUGAGGAAUCCGAGGGCAAAUACCUGGUGCAGAUGGAAAUGCUGAAGUGCGAAAAGUUUGACUGCGGCAUGUACAAGCUCAUCGCCAAGAACGAGAAGGGCGAGACCACUUCGCAGACCGUCGAGCUGACCGAAGAGAUGCUCGAGGAGAAGAAAGUGGAAAAGCGUGUUGAGGAAGACGAAGAGACUGAAGAGGAAAUGACAGAAGUCUCUGAGUCUGAGACAAUUGUUUCUGAAACUGAGGAAGAAGUCGUGAAGAAAGAGGAAAAGAAGGAGGAAGAAAAGAAGAAGGAAGAGAAGAAGAAAGAGCCCGAGAAGAAAAAAGAGCCUGAGAAGAAAAAAGAGCCUGAGAAAAAGGAAGAGAAGAAAAAAGAGCCUGAGAAAAAGGAAGAGAAGAAGAAAGAGGCCGAGAAGAAGGAAGAGGCCAAAAAGGUGGAGCAGAAAGCCGAGGAAAAGAAAGAAGAGCCCAAUCCCAAGAAACUCAAAACCGAGGAGACCAAAACCACAGAGGUCACCGAGGUCAAGACUGUAGAAGAAGAGAAUCCCAAGAAGCACAACCCUCACCCUCCAGCGGACAGCGCAGAGGGUUUCAAGAAGGUCGACUCCUUCUGGGACGACGAGCCCGAAGACGUCCCCAAGCCCGUCAUCAAGAAGGAACCCCCGAAACCGCCUCCCGUCACCUACACAGUCGCUGAGGACUCCGAGUCAGAAUCUGAGGGAGAGGACCUCAUGUCCUCCCUCCUGUCGCAGUUUAUGGGAGCCAAGAAAAAGCCGAAGGAAUUCAGUUACGCGCCUCAGCAGCGAAAGAAAUCCUUCGACGCUCCCAGGACACCCGAGCCCCAGAAGGUGGAAGAACCACCUAAAUUCCCCGAGCCCAGCGCUGAUUUCACCGCCAAGGAAAAGGAGAAACCGCCCGAAAAGAAGACGUCGUCUGUCGACCAAGAGGCCACUGUCAAGACGCAGCCGCCCCAGAAAGAGCCGGAGAAGGAAGAAGUCAAGGAAGAAAAAGUCGAAGUACAGGAGGAAGCCGACGAUCAGAAGAAGACAUCCAAUCCCAAAAAUCCUAAAGAAGUGCAACCUCAAGAAAAUCCCAAAGAUAAUCCUGGUCACAAGGAUAAUCCUGGCCAUAAGGAUAAUCCGGGCCACAAGGAUAAUCCUGGCCAUAAGGAUAAUCCGGGCCACAAGGAUAAUCCAGGCCAUAAGGAUAAUCCGGGUCACAAGGAUAAUCCAGGCCACAAGGAUAAUCCGGGUCACAAGGAUAAUCCGGGCCAUAAGGAUAAUCCGGGUCAUAAGGAUAAUCCAGGCCACAAAAACAAUCCUAAUCCCACCUUAAAAGAACCACCUAAACCGGAGCCAUCUAAGGACGCUAAAGAUUCUAAACCAAACCCAAAAAAGCCUAAGAUCAUUGAACCCCCACAAGCGGAAGCUCCCAAGAUCGAAGUGUCGAAGGAGAAAUCACCCGAGCGCCGGGGAUCCCUCGCAACUGGUUCAGGUCCUCCCAGCAGGAGGGGAUCCCUCAUUCCUCCCGAGGAAGGCGCAGGAGGACGCCGACCCUCGCUUAUCAUUGCUGAAGAUGGACAACGCAAAUUACGCCCCGGAGAGGUUAUAGACAAGACCAAGGGGAAACUAAAACCCGGAGAGCAGGGAGCCAAACAGCGUCGACGUCCUAGCAGCGACGUGCGGAGGCCCUCCGUACAAGAUGACGAAAAGAUGGAUAAGCCAUCAACGCCUCUGCGCGUCAUCGGCAAACCUGGACCACCAGUCAUUGUUGACGUGCAGCAGAAGUAUACGGCCGUUGAGGAUCAGAACGGCUACAUUGACUUGGUAGUCGAGGGCAACUCAGUGCCCAAGAUCAAGUUCUUCAAGGGCUUCACGGAGAUCAUCGAAGGCGGUCGCUACAAGGUCCACACCGACGGCGAGACCAACACCGUCACCCUGUGCAUCAGGAAGACCAAGCCUAACGACGAGGGCAACUACAAGGUCAUCGUCUCCAACGAGCACGGCGAGGACUCCGCCGAGAUGGAGUUGUACGUCUCAGAUGCCAGCGGUAUGGAUUUCCGUGCCAUGUUGAAGAAGAAGAAGUACGCCAAGUGGAAGAAGGACAACGAGGAUCCUGACUGGGGAGACCUCAAGGAGACCGAGAAGGAACAGAAGCCCCAACUCAGAAAGGUCGAAAAGGAUCCUACACCCACCCCCCAAAGACGGCUCAAGCCUCCAGAGCCAGGACCCCGCAAGUCGUCUAGAGACCUGUCGGAGCUUAUCCCCGACUGGCCUGACUUGAAGGCCGUCAAGCGUAACAGGAAACAAGAGUCGUGGGUGAAGCCUAUCAUUGACCUCACGGUCAAGGAGGGCAAGGACAAGUUCGCCAAGUUCGAGGGCGAGUUCUCCAAGAAGGACUCCAAGGCCAAGUGGUUCUUCAGAAAGGAUGAACUCUUCACCGGCUCUCGAUACAAGUUCAAGGCAGAGGGCUUCUCUCACGGGCUUACCAUCGUCAAACCCACGCUGGAUGACAUGGGCAAAUACACCGUCGAAUGUAUGGGCAUCUCUUGCUCGGCCAUAUUGACGGUUCAAGAACCCGACCCAGACUUCAAGUUCACCAAGCCCCUGCCGAAGAAGACCUCUUGCUACACCACAAAGGACGCCGUCCUCGAAGCCGUGGUCAACUCGCACAAGGCGAUUGUCCACUGGUACAGAGGAGACCAGAAGAUUGAGGAGGACGAGAAGUUCGAGGCGUACAAGGACAUGACAGGUACCGUCCGCCUGACCAUCAAGAACGCCUCGAAGAAGGACAAGGGCAAAUACUCGGCCAGGAUCUUCAGGUGCGACAAGGAGGUCACUGAAACCACCCUUACCGUAGUAGACCAGCCCUUCAAAUUCGUGAAGCAGCUGCUCUCCAAGACAGUCACGGAGAACCAGAAGGUCGUCCUCGAGUGCGAAGUGGACGAGGCGGAAGCUACUGUCGAGUGGUUCUACGGCGACAAGAAGAUAGAGGCUGACAACAAGGCGUCUCGGAACACAGAAUAUCUCCUGAACAAAAGUGUCAAAAUCAUGAAGGAUGGCAGGAAGAGGCAGCUUGUCUUCAAGAGCAUCGCCAUGUCUGACGAGGGCAAAUACACUUGCAAGACCAACGCAGACGAGACCACUUGCGAGCUCGUUGUGCAAUACGAGAACAAGUUCAAGAAGAAGCUGCAGGACACCAACACCUACGAGCGCCAGCAGGCCACUUUCGAGGUGGAGUUGGUCGACCCCAACGCCACCGUCCAGUGGUUCCUGAAGGGCGAGGAAAUCAAGGACGGCGGCAACUACGAGAUCAAGAAGGACCGCGGCAUCCACCGGCUCAUCAUCAAGGAAGCCUUGAUGGCCGAACACGAGGGUGACAUCAAGGUGGUGUGUGGUUCUAUCGAGUCCGCUUGCCAGCACAGCAUAGGCGAGGGCGAGAAGCCACCAAGCAUCAAGCCAGAGGAACCUUAUGAAGGACCAGUCACCAAGCCAUUCACCUUCGAUGUUCCCUACACCAUCGCUGGUCCCAGGCUCUCGAAGGUGGAGGCCAAGCUCCUGAAGGACGGCAAGGCCAUCCCCGUCAAGGAGAUCGAGAUCAACGUCGGAGAGAAGAAGGUCUCCUACACCAUCAAGAAGCCCAGCAGAGACCAGAGCGGCAAGUACGUCGUCAAGAUGUCCAACAAAGCUGGCGAGAGCACCAAGGAGAUCAAGCUGAACAUGCAAGACAAGCCUUCUCCACCCACAGAGAUUGAGGUCUCUGAUGUCUUCGCCACAUCCUGCGUGCUGACCUUCAAGCCUCCUAAGGAUGAUGGUGGUAUGGCAUUGUCCUACUACACCAUCGAGAGGCAGGACUUCUCCGUCAAGGCUUCGCAUCCGAGAAUCUGGGAACGGACAGGAGGCUGGGCGCAGGUGGCUGAGAUCCCUGCGGACGAGCCCACCACCACCAAAAUGGAAGACCUCGAAAACAAGAAGCAGUACAAGUUCCGAGUCUCCGCCACCAACAAGAUCGGUACUUCCGAGCCGGCUGUGUAUCCCAAGGUGAUCUUGGCCAAGGACCCGUGGGACGAACCUGGCAAGAUCCUGACGGUGGAGAUCAACGAUUGGGGUCCUAACCACGCUGACCUGCGUUGGUCUCGGCCAGAGACCGACGGCGGUGCUCCUAUCACUGGCUACAUCAUCGAGUUCAGGACCCGAGCCAUGCCCGAGGGAGGAGAGGUGGACCGCUUCAGCGACUGGUCCAAGGGCAUCGAGAUUCAAGGCGACGUCCUUGAAGGCACGAUCCCAGACCUCAAGGAAGGCAACCAGUACGAGUUCCGCAUCCGAGCUGUGAACAAGGCUGGCCCUGGCGAGCCCUCUGAUCCCACCAAGCCGAUCCAGGCCAAGCACCGAUUCGUGAAGCCAUACGUCAAGAACAAGGAUGAGUUCAAGAACAUCGUCAUCAAGAAGGACAAGAUGUUCAAACUGGACGUCAAGUACGGUGGUGAACCCGAGCCCACUGUCAUGUGGAAGAAGGAUGAGAAGGAAGUCAUCCCUGACGAAUCCCAGAGGCUCCCCGAACCUUACAACAUCAACAGGAUCACCAUCGAACAGUUCGAGAGGAACACUGUGUUCACUCUGAGGAAGGGUGUUCGCUCCGAUACCGGCAAGUACAAGCUCGUCCUGACGAACUCCGUAGGCACGUGCGAGGAAGAGGCCGACAUCGUUGUUCUUGGCAAGCCAGCCCGUCCGGAGGGUCCCCUGUUCCCAGACGAGAUCAGGGCCGACCACGUCAAGCUCAAGUGGAAGAAGCCCAAGGAUGAUGGCGGUUUACCUAUCGAGGGAUACGUCAUUGAGAAGCUGGACCUGGAUACAGGAAACUGGGUACCAGCAGGCGAGUACAUUGAAGUGCCCGUGAGAACCACCAUAAAAGAGACAUAUCCCCCUCCAAAGAAAAAGGACUCCAAGGGUGAGAGAGAUUCCUCCAGAGAUGGCAGGAACUCCAAAAAUUUUAAAGGUCCCCUUUUUGAUAAGGAUGACACGGAGUUUGUGGUAAACGUUCAGAUUGGCCCCGAGAAGGAAGAGUUCACGGUCGAGGGCCUGACGCCCAAGAAGAAGUACAAGUUCCGCGUCAAGGCUGUCAACAAGGAGGGCGAAUCGGAACCUUUGGAGAAUGACGAACCUAUCACGGCUCGCAAUCCUUACGAUGAGCCAACUCGUCCAGGUAAACCGGAAAUCAUCGACUACGACAACACGAUGGUCGUUUUGAGAUGGACUCCCCCGGAGAAGGACGGCGGCCGCCCCAUCACUCACUACCACGUCGAAAUCAAGGACAAGCACUCCCUUGAGUGGAAGGAAGUCCUGCAGACCCCCGACACCAAGUGCGAGUGCACUGUGCCCGACCUCAAGGAGGGAAUGGUCUACAAUUUCAGGGUCAGAGCUGCCAACAAGGCCGGUGUGGGCGAGGCUUCUGAACCAACAGAAAACCAUCUCUGUAAACAUAAGAAUAGAAAGCCUCGCAUUGACCGCAACGGCUUCAAGACGGUGACCAUCAAGGUCGGCCGAAGCCACAAGUGGGCCGUCGACUACAUCGGCGAGCCAGACCCGGAGGUCCUGUGGUCGUGGAGGGACAACAUCCCCCUCUCCAACAGCGAGAAGAUCCACAUCGAGAACACCGACCACCACACCGAGUUCUCCAUCACCAACGCCACCAGGAAGGACGCCGGGCUGUACACGCUCAAGAUCGAGAACCGCAAUGGGUCCGACUCCGAGACCGUCGAGUUGGUUGUUCUCGGCAAGCCCAGUAAGCCCAAGGGUCCCCUGGAUGUGAGCAACGUCCAUGACACGGGCUGCCGCCUGAAGUGGGAGAAGCCGGAGGAUGACGGCGGAAUGCCCAUCAAGGAGUACGAGAUCGAGAAGAUGGACUUGGCUACUGGCAAGUGGGUCAGAUGCGGGAAGUGCCCUGGAGCAACCGUUCCUCCAUACUUUAACGUGGAGGGCUUGGAACCCGGCCACCAGUACAAGUUCAGAGUCACUGCCAACAACGACGAAGGAGAUUCUGAACCUCUGGAAGCUGAUCAAGCCAUUUUGGCUAAGAAUCCAUUUGACGUUCCGUCUGCCCCAGGACGCCCAGAGAUCACAGAUUAUGAUGACAAGUCUGUCGACCUGAAGUUCACUGUCCCCGAGUCUGACGGUGGUGCUCCCAUCCAGAAGUACAUCAUCCAAAAGAAGGACAAGUUCAUGCCAGACUGGGAACCCGCAGCGGAGGUGAAGCAGGAUGUCACCACUCCCCUGAAGCCUGGCACUCCAGUCGAGGCUAAGGUCGGUGGUCUGAAGCACCGAGCAGAGUAUCAGUUCCGCGUCAUUGCCGUCAACAAGGCCGGAAAUUCACCAGAAUCAGAGCCAACUGAUUACCACCUGGUGAAACACAAGGCUUUGAAACCACGCAUUGACCGCACCAACCUGAAGCAGACCACAGUGAAGGCAACUCGCAACGUGAAGUUCGAUGUUAACAUUUCGGGUGAACCUGCCCCUACCGUCCAGUGGUUCUUCGAGGGCAAAGAGAUCAACGAGAAGAACAUCGAGAUUGUUAAUGUGGACUACAACACCAAGUUCAGCAUGAUCGACGCCAGGAGGAAGCAGAAUGGCACCUACAAGAUCGUGGCCACCAACAAGCACGGCAAGGACGAGGCCGAGGUGGAAAUCGUCGUUCUGGCUGGUCCUGGAAAACCCAAGGGUCCUCUAAAGGUAUCUGACGUCACGAAGAAGAGCUGCAAACUCAAGUGGGAUAAGCCUGACGAUGACGGUGGCAAGCCCAUCCAAGAGUACUUGGUGGAGAAACAAGAUCCUAACACCGGCCGUUGGGUCCCUGUCGGUAGGACUAAGGACACAAACAUUGACGUCCCUGGACUUCAGGAGGGCAAGGAAUACCAGUUCCGUGUCAAGGCCGUCAAUGAGGAGGGAGAGUCUGAGCCUUUGGACACAGAUCACGCCGUCGUUGCAAAGGACCCAUUCGGACCACCCGGCAAACCUGGAGUGCCAGAUAUCUUUGAUUGGGACGUGGAUAGAGUUGAUCUCAAAUGGGAAGCACCAAAGGAUACCGGCGGUGCUCCUAUAACCAGGUACAUCAUUGAGAAGAAGGAAAGAUACGGUUCGACUUGGGAAACUCUCUAUGAGUCAGAGGGCCCUAAGACCGAGUGCCGUUGCCCCGGUUUGAAGGAAGGUAACACCUACCAGUUCCGCGUCAUUGCCGUCAACAAAGCCGGCCCUGGCGAACCAUCUGAUCCAACGAAGCCUCAUGUGGCCAAGGCCAGAUUCAUGAAGCCCCUGAUCAACCGCGAGAAACUGAAGAAGAUCGUCACUCGUCGCGGCCAGAAGGUCAACUUGGAGGUCGACGUCAAGGGUGAACCCGCACCGGAGAUCUGGUGGACCUUCAAGAAGAAGAAGGUGGAGACAGGAGGGAACUACGUCAUCCAGGGUGAAGAUUACCUGACGAAGUUCAACCUUAAUGAUGCCGAGAGACAGCACAGCGGCAUCUACACGAUCUCCGCCAAGAAUGAUUCUGGUUCUGAUGAGGCCACCCUCGAACUAGUGGUCCUAGACCGUCCUUGCAAGCCCGAGGGGCCCCUGGAGAUCUCAGGAAUCCACAAGGAGGGAUGUAAGCUCAAGUGGAGCCCUCCCAAGGAUGACGGUGGCGUGCCCCUCGACAGCUACUUCAUCGAGAAGAUGGACGUCACAACAGGCAAAUGGGUGCCCUGUGGACGCUGCGACGGUGACACCACUGAGUUCGAAGUGACAGGUCUGGAGCCCCUCAAGAAGUACGAGUUCCGCGUCAGGGCUCACAACGACGAGGGCGAAUCAGAUCCCUUGGAUGGAGACAAGGCCAUCAUUGCUAAGGAUCCAUUCGAGAAGCCAGGCCCUCCAGGCCUUCCUGACAUCGUCGACUUCGACGAAACCAGUGUCCAGCUCAAAUGGGAUCCACCUAUCAGGGAUGGUGGUGCCGAGAUCACAGGCUACGUCAUUGAAAUGAAGCCUAAGGACUCUGAUCAUUUCGUCGAAUGCGGCAAAGUCCAGGGCAACAAAUGCCAGGGACCAGUGAAGGGCUUGACAGAGGGUGAGAAGUACGAGUUCCGCGUGAGGGCUGUCAACAAGGCCGGAGUUGGUGAUCCAUCCGACUCCACGCUGCCACAUACUGCUAGAGCUCGCUUCCGUAAGCCUCGUAUUGACAGAACCAACGUCAAGGACAUGACCAUCAAGGUCGGCCAGCAGUACCUGUACGACAUUGACAUCAGCGGCGAGCCCAAGCCAACCAAUGUGUGGACCCACAACGACAAGCCCCUGCUCAAUUUCCCUGAACAGGAACUCGUCACCAAGGACCAAAUGCGCGUCGACGCCUCCGGCAACAACACCAAGAUCCUCAUCAUGAAAGCCCAGAGGAAAAUGACGGGCAAAUACAUCCUGACGGCCAAGAACAAGCACGGCGAGGACUCCGUCCAGAUCAAUCUGACUGUUCUGGGACCUCCCAGCAAACCCAUGGGUCCGCUGGAGGUAUCGGACGUCAAGGCAAACGGCUGUAAACUCAAGUGGAAGAAACCAGAGGACGAUGGCGGAGUGCCUGUUGACCACUAUGAGAUCGAGAAGCUCGACCCUGUCACUGGACAAUGGAUGCCCUGUGGCGAGUCCAAGAUUCCAGAGUACGACGUCGGUGGCCUUCAGGAGGGCAAGAAGUACAAGUUCAGGGUGAAGGCCGUCAACCCCGAGGGCGAAUCUGAACCCUUGGAGGCUGACCAAGCUAUCGUUGCCAAGAAUCCAUUCGACCCCCCAAGCAAGCCAGGUAAGCCUAAACCCACCAACUGGGAUAGGGACUUCGUCGACCUGGAAUGGACCAAACCUAAGGAGGAUGGUGGAGCUCCUAUCACUAAAUACAUCAUUGAAAAGAGGGACAUGGCAAGUCGUGGCUGGACACCUUGUGGUUCAUGCACUGGUGAUAAGCUGAAGACUCGCAUCACUGAUGUCACCCCAGAUCACGAGUAUCAGUUCAGGGUCAUUGCCGAAAAUAAAGCAGGUCCAUCUGAACCAUCUGAUCCUUCAGAUACUGUCACCUGUAAACCAAGAUUCUUGGCUCCCCACAUCGACCGCAAGAACCUCGGUCGCAAGACUAUCCGGUCGGGCAUCACCUUCAACAACGAGGUGAAGGUCACUGGUGAGCCAGAUCCCAAGGUGACGUGGACCUUCAAGGGAGAAUCAAUCAAGAACAGUCGCAUGACCCUCACCAGUGAGGAACACCUUUCGAUCAUGAACCUGAAGAAGGCGGUCCGUGCAGAUACCGGCAUCUACAAGAUCACGGCCGUUAACGACUCUGGCAAGGACGAGGCUGAGCUCGAGCUCAUUGUCAUUGGCAAACCAGGAAAGCCCAAGGGCCCACUGAAGGUCUCUGACGUAACUGCUGAGUCAGCCAAGCUCAAGUGGGAGCCUCCAGAGGAUGAUGGAGGUGAGCCCAUUGAUCACUACGUCGUGGAGAAGAUGGACGUAGACACAGGACGAUGGGUACCUGUGCUCGAAACCAAGACUCCCGACGCCGAGGUACCAGGUCUGAUGGAAGGAAAGGAUUACAUGUUCCGAGUCAAAGCUGUCAACUCCGAGGGUGAAUCUGAGCCUCUCGAGACAGAGACACCCACGAAGGCCAAGAAUCCUUUCGAUCCCCCAAGCAAGCCAGGAAAGCCUGAGGUCAAGGACUUCGAUAGAACCUGGGCUGAGUUGAAGUGGAAGCCUCCAGAGAGUGACGGCGGCGCCCCUAUCUCCCACUACAUCAUUGAGCGAAAGGACGCCUUCUCCAGCAAAUGGGUCAAGCACUGUGAGACCAAGAGCGACAAGCCCGAAGGAAAGGUGAAUGACCUGACUGAAGGUCAAACCUACCAGUUCCGUGUCAAGGCAGUGAACAAGGCUGGUCAGAGCAAGCCUUCUGAUCCAUCUGACAACUUCACUGCCAAGGCUAAGUUCUUGCCACCUGUGAUUGACCGCACCAACUUAGAAGACAUGAAGGUUCGUGCAGGCCAGAUGAUCAAGCUUGAUGCUAGAAUCACUGGUGAACCUGUUCCUAAGAAGUGCUGGUUCAUCAACAAAGCCCGUCAAGAAAACGACAAAAAUGGCAUCAAGAUUGACGAAGAAGACCACCGCUCCAAGCUUGUCAUUGCUAAUUGCACAAGAGCUCAUAACGGCACCUACGUCAUCAAGGCUGACAACUCAGCUGGUCAUGAUGAGCAUACCAUUGAAGUGACCGUGCUAGACAAGCCAGGUAAACCAGAAGGUCCUCUGAAGGUGUCUGAUAUCCAUAAGGAAGGAUGCACUCUUCGCUGGAAGGAGCCCCUUGAUGAUGGUGGUGCUCCCAUUGAACAAUACAUUGUUGAAAAGAUGGAUCCAGAAAAUGGCCGAUGGGUACCAGUGGGCAGAUGCCGUGAGCCAACAAUGGAAGUUGAGAACUUGGAACCCAAUCACGAGUACAAGUUCCGUGUAUCAGCAAUCAACAGCGAGGGUGAAUCUGAACCUCUCGAGGGGCUGGAUACAAUUGUGGCCAAGAAUCCAUUUGAUCCUCCAGAUCCACCAGGCAAACCUGAACCCACUGACUGGGACAAAGACUUUGUUGAACUCAAAUGGGACAAGCCACAAAGAGAUAAUGGCUCUCCUAUUACUGGUUAUAUCAUUGAGAAACGUGAUGAACUUUCUGGAAAGUGGAUCAAGGCUGCUGAGGUCAAAGGUGAUAUUCCUAAGGGCAGGGUUAAUGAUCUAGAUGAAGGCGAAACUUAUGAAUUCCGUGUUCGUGCUGUGAACGAGGCAGGACCAUCUGAACCAUCUCCUCACAGCAAGCCAGUUACCUGCAAGCCUAGGAAGUUACCCCCUAAGAUUGACCGUAAGACAUUGAAGGACAUAACUGUGCGUGAAGGUGAGCCAAUUCUUAUUGAUGUCAAGAUUAUUGGUGAACCACCUCCGGAAGUGGAAUGGUUCCAGGGCAAGAGGAGAGUAGUGGACUCUAGUAUCAUUACUAUCAAGAACAUUCCUUACAACAGUAAAUACAUCAAUGACGAUCCACUUAGGAAGCACUCUGGAGUAUACAAGAUCAUUGCCACCAAUCCUCAUGGAAAGGAUGAAGCAGAAGUCCAUAUUACUGUCAUUUCCAAGCCUGGCAAGCCUGAAGGGCCUCUUGAUGUUUCUGAUAUUCACAAGGAAGGCUGCAAGUUGAAGUGGAACCCACCCAAGGAUGAUGGUGGCGUUCCAGUUGAGGGAUAUGUGGUUGAGAAGUUUGACCCUGACGUUGGCUUGUGGCUUCCUGUUGGUAAGAGCACCAAUCCUGAGAUGGAGGUCACAGACCUUACACCAGGCCACGAGUAUGAAUUCCGUGUUAAGGCCUUCAACAAGGAAGGUGAAUCAGAACCUUUGGCAACACUCAGUCCAAUCAUUGCCAAGGAUCCAUUCACAGUUCCUGGUAAGCCAGGUAUUCCCAAGGCCACUGAUUGGGAUGCAACUCGCAUUGAUCUUGAAUGGAGUGAGCCUCUUGAAGAUGGUGGGUCUCCUAUCACUCAUUAUAUUAUUGAGAAGAGGGACAAAUACACCAAUCUCUGGGAGAAGGCAUGUGAAACAGACACCUCACUGACCAAGGGAGCUGCUACCAACCUUACCGAGGGUAUGGAAUACCAGUUCCGUAUCAUUGCUGUCAACAAGGCUGGACCUGGUGAACCAGGUGACCCAAGCAAAACUUAUCAAGCCAAAGCCAGAUUUGUUCCACCCAAAAUUGACCGCAAGAAUCUGCGUGACAUCACUGUCUCAGCUGGUUCCAUGCUUAAGUAUGAUGUUGAUAUUUCCGGUGAACCUCCACCAGAUGCUGUCUGGACCUUUGAUAAUCGCAAGUUGCAAUCCAGCAAGCAUUGCAAUAUCACCAAUGUUGAUUAUAACUCCAAGUUGGUGAUCCGUGAGACAGUUCGUACUGACUCUGGUGAAUAUAUUAUCACAGCUACCAACAGCUCUGGUAAAGACCAGGUAACUGUUCGUGUGACUGUGACUGACAAGCCUCAGCCUCCUGAAGGCCCGAUUAAGGUCUCAGAUGUCCAUGGUAAUGGUUGCAAGUUGAAGUGGAAGCGGCCAAAGGACGAUGGUGGUAGCCCUAUUGAGUAUUACCAAGUGGAAAAGCUGGAUCCCAAUACAGGUCUCUGGGUUCCUGCUGGGCGCACAACUGGACCCGAGCCAGCCAUUGAACUCAACAACUUGACUCCAGGAAACGAAUACCAAUUCCGUGUCAGAGCUGUUAAUGCUGAGGGUGAAUCAGAUCCUCUUAAUGCUGAAGAGCCUGUCUUAGCAAAGGAUCCUUAUGAGGAGCCAGGCAAACCAGAAAAUCUAAAGGUUGCUGAUUAUGACCAGAACAAAGUUGACCUUAAGUGGGAUCCACCAAAGAGUGAUGGUGGCGCACCCAUCCAGAAAUACAUCAUUGAGAAGAAAGACAAGUACGGCGGAUGGGACAAAGCUUGCGAGGUUCCUGCCAACAAGACCUCGUGCAUGGUGCCAGACUUGAUUGAAAAUGAGACCUAUGAGUUCCGUGUCCGAGCAGUGAAUGCAGCAGGACCAAGUCUACCAUCUAACACAACACCACCUGUUACUGUGAAGGCUCGUAACAUGCCACCUAAGAUUGAUCGCACAAAUCUUGAGCCAGUGCGCAUCAAGGCAGGCCAGAGCUUCUCGUUUGAUGUCAACAUUUCUGGUGAGCCAGUUCCAGACAAGAAAUGGUUCCUGAAGAAGAAGGAGAUUAAGCCAGGUGGUGCCAUCUUGGCUAAGUACACUGAUUAUAACACCAAACUUCGUGUCACAAGUGGUACCAGAGCUGAGAGUGGCACUUACACUAUCACAGCUGAGAAUUGCAACGGCAAAGACUCUGCUGAUGUUGAAGUUAUAAUUCUUGACAAACCUGGCGCUCCUAUGGGUCCCUUGAAGGUUUCUGAGGUGUAUGCCGAAGGAUGCAAGCUUGAUUGGAAUCCACCAACGGAUGAUGGCGGCUGUCCCAUUGACCACUACAUUGUGGAGAAGAUGGAUGAAGCCACUGGACGCUGGGUACCUGCUGGUGAAACCCCAGGAAAGGAGACUACUUUCGAGGUUGAUGAUUUGACACCUGGCCACAGGUACAAAUUCCGCGUGAAGGCUGUCAACCGUCUGGGUGUUUCUGAUCCACUUACUACCCAGCAAGCCAUUGAGGCUAAGAAUCCAUUUGAUCCACCCAGUGCUCCAAAGGAUGUCAAAAUCGUUGAUUUCGACUGCGAUUUUGUCGAUCUGGAAUGGAAGAGACCAGAAACCGAUGGUGGCAAUCCCAUCACAGGCUACAUCAUUGAAAAGAGGGACAGGCAUAAUCCACUCUGGGAUAAGUGCGCGAAGGUUGAUGGCGACCAGCUGAAGGCCCACGUUCCUGAUCUCAUUGAAGGAAACGUAUACGAAUUCAGAGUUCUGGCAGUCAACAAGGCUGGUCCUGGUGAUCCAUCUGAGCCAACUAAGCCACAUGUUGCACGUCCCAAGAACCUGCCUCCUCGCAUUGAUCGUAACGCCAUGAUGGAGAUCAGGAUUAAGGCCGGAGAGAACCUCAACUUGCCUGUACCAGUCAUUGGUGAACCACCAGCAACAAAGCAAUGGAAACUGAAUGAUUCUGACCUGUAUCCAUCUGGCCGCCUUUCCAUCUUCAAUGAAGAUUACAUGACGACUCUCAAGAUCAAUGAAAUUAAGCGGUCUGACACAGGUCCUUACACACUCAAUGCUCGUAACAAGAAUGGUGAGGAUACUUGCACAUGCAACAUCAUUGUCCUGGAUGUUCCUGGUAUUCCAGAAGGACCUCUCAAACACUCUAACAUCUCUAAGACUGGAUGCACCGUCGCCUGGAAACCACCUAAGGACGAUGGUGGCUCUGAAAUCAUCCAGUAUGCCGUCGAGAAGAUGGACACUGAGACUCUGCGAUGGGUACCAUGUGGUGAGGUCAAGGGCACCAGUUGCGAAGUUGAUAACCUGAUUGAGGGACAUGAUUAUAAGUUCCGUGUGUCCGCCGUUAAUCGCCAAGGCCAAGGUCAGCCACUUGCUGGCAUGGAAACCAUCACAGCUAAGGAUCCAUACACUAAGCCUGGUAAGCCUGGUACUCCAGAGAUCAUGGACUGGGACAAGGACCGUGUUGACAUCCAGUGGACCGAGCCUAGGAGUGAUGGAGGUGCUCCUAUCACAGACUGGAUCAUUGAAAAGAGGAAGCGCUUUGGACCUUGGGAAAAGGCGGCUGAAAUCUCUUCCAAGCAUGGACCAAAGGCCUCUAUUCCAGAUCUCAUUGAAGGAGAAGAAUAUCAGUUCCGUGUCAUUGCUGUCAACAAAGCUGGUAAUUCUGAACCAUCUGAUGCCUCACAGCCCAUUGUAUGCAAAGCUCGCUUUGAAAAGCCCGGCAUCGAUACCAAGAACCUUGAAGAUCUUGUCAUCAGAGCUAACACUCGCCUUAAUUACACUGUGCCCAUUCGUGGUGCACCAAGGCCUAAGGUUUCUUGGACUGUUAAUGGCCAGCCAAUUGUGGAAUCUGAGCGUGUUGAUAUGCAGACAUACGGUAAGCAGACCAUUCUUGAUAUUCCAUUCGCUCAGCGUACAGACAGUGGCAUUUACACUCUGACCCUCGAAAAUGAACUUGGUAAGGUAUCUGCCUCAGGUACAGUCACUGUACUCGACAAGCCAAGUAGGCCAGAGGGACCACUUAAUGUUUAUGACGUUACACGUGAGGGAUGCAAGGUGACAUUCAAGCCUCCUAUUGAUGAUGGUGGUUCACCCAUUUUGCACUACCUGGUCGAGAAGAUGGACUUAUCUCGUGGUACCUGGACCGAGGCUGCAGAGGUUGCUGGACUCAUGGCUGACAUUCAUGGUCUUGUCCACAUGAAGGAAUACCACUUCCGUGUCAAGGCUGUCAAUGCUAUUGGCGAAUCUGAGCCUCUGUGCACAGAUAAGAGCAUCAUCGCCAAGAAUGCAAUUGAUGAGCCAGGCCAACCAGGUCGUCCUAAUGUUGUUGACUGGGACAGUGACCAUGUGGACUUGGAAUGGAACCCGCCAACCAACGAUGGAGGAUCUCCCAUCACUGGCUAUAUCAUCCAGAAGAAGGAACGCGGAUCACCUUACUGGUCAACUGCUGCCCGUGUGGGUCCAGAAGGCAAGGGAACUGUACCCAACCUUACAGAAGGUCAGGAGUAUGAGUUCAGGGUCAUUGCCGUGAACAAAGUCGGUCAGUCUGAGCCCUCUGAACCUUCUGACUCCGUCAUCUGCAGACCACGCCAUCUGGCACCCAGAAUCAUUGGUCCUCUGUACGAUGUGCGCAUCAAGGCUGGCCAAGUCCUUCACGUUGACGUUGACUUCAUUGGCGAGCCACAGCCUGAUGUCUUCUGGUUCAGUGACGAUCGCGAACUCUGUGAUGACGUCAGACACACCAUCACAGCCAUCAAUAACCACACCAUCCUCCAUGCCGUCAAUACUGUCAGAGGAGAUUCUGGCGAGUUCCGCGUCCGCGUCAAGAAUGAGAGUGGUCAGGAUGAAGCCACAUUCCAGGUGAUCGUCCUCGACACUCCAGGAGCCCCCGAAGGACCCUUGGUUUAUGAGGAAGUUCAGGCCAACAACGUCAUCAUAUCCUGGAAACCGCCUCUUGACGAUGGUGGCAGCCCCAUUACAGGAUAUGUCAUUGAGAAGCGAGACAUCACUCAUAGUGGUGGCUGGGUACCUGCAGUGAGCUGGGUUGACCCCAAGAACUUGCAUGCCACCGUACCACGCCUUCUGGAGGGCAACAAGUACGAGUUCAGGGUCAUGGCCGAGAACAUGCAAGGUCGCGGUGAGCCUCUGGUAUCAGACAAGCCUAUCACUGCCAAGUCAUCUGCUGACGUUCCCGGUCGCCCAGGCCGUCCAAGUUGCAUCGACUCCGACAAGGACUUCAUCAAGAUCUCCUGGCAGGCUCCUCGCUCCACCGGUGGCUCUCCAAUCACCGGCUACGACGUGGAGCGCUGCGGCAUCCACUCCGGCAGAUGGAAGAAGAUCAGCCGAGACAACGUGCGCUUCACAGAGUUCUUGGAUGACACCGUCCUCGAGGGCGAGCAGUAUCAGUACCGAGUCAUUGCCAACAACAAAAUGGGAUCCUCAGAGCCAUCUGAGCCUUCUCAUCCCAUCGCUGCCAGGCCCAUGCGCGAGGCACCCAAGCUCUACCUGGACGGUCUUCUGGGUAAGAAGCUCAAGGUCCGUGCUGGAGAGCCCAUUGACAUCAAGAUUCCUAUGUCUGGAGCACCACAGCCUGCUGUUGAAUGGACCAAGGCCGGCAAAAAGGUUGAGCCUACAAAGAGAACCUCUAUGGAGACAACCAAUGACUUCACUCGUCUCUUUGUGGAUAAGUCUCGCCGUGAGGACUCUGGCACUUUCAAGAUCACUGCAGAGAACGCCUACGGCAAGGACUCUGCAGAUAUUGAGGUGAUCGUUGUGGACAAACCCAGCCCACCCCUGGGUCCUCUCACUCCCACGGACAUCACCGCCCACACCGUUUCUCUCUCCUGGAAGCCCCCUCAGGACGACGGAGGUUCCGAAGUCACUGGAUAUGUGGUGGAGAAAACAGAGGCUAACUACGACAUGUGGAAGGUGGUCCCUGGCUACUGUCCCAAGUGCGCCUUCACAGUCAAGGGUCUGGAAGAAGGCAAGAAGUACAAGUUCCGCGUCCGCGCCGAGAACAUGUACGGCGUCUCAGAACCUCUGGAAGGCAAGCCAGUGGAAGCCAAGAAUCCAUUCGAUCCUCCAGAUGCACCCGACAGGCCAGACAUUCUCGGUUACAGUCCAACCACCUGCUCCCUGGAAUGGAAGGCACCUGCCAACAAUGGUGGACGUCCCAUUACUGGCUACAUCAUUGAGAAGAGGGAGAGAGGCGGUGAAUGGAUAAGGGUGAACCACUACCCAACACCCAACACGGAGUACACAGUCCAAGGACUGUCAGAGGGCAGCCGAUACGAAUUCCGCGUCAGUGCGGUCAAUGACGCUGGACCAAGCAAACCCAGCAAGCCAUCCAACUCUAUUGUGGCUAAGGUGCAGAAGUACCUUCCUGGACCACCCGAAGCACCAAGGCCAGAUCGUAUUGGCAGAAAUUGGGUGACAAUAUCUUGGCGUCCUCCUCACCAAGAUGGUGGCUCGAAGAUCAGGGGCUAUUUGGUUGAGUACAAGAAGAAGGAUGACGCUGACUGGAAACAGGCUAAUGACAUUCCUCAUCCUGAUACAAACUUCACCGUUCUCAACCUCACAGAAAUGGAUGAAUACAUCUUCAGGGUCAUCGCUGUCAAUGAAGUUGGUCCCUCUGCUCCAUCUCGUCCUUCUGGCCUUGUUAAGAUUGAGGAACAGGCUAAUAAGCCUCGCAUUGACCUUAGUGCUGUUCGUGACAUCACAGUACGUGCUGGUGAAGACUUCUCCAUUCACGUGCCUUACACUGGCUUCCCAAAACCCACAUCUACUUGGUACAGGGAUGACGAGGAAAUCAGCAUUGAAGCCGAUCCACGCAUCCAUGAAAAGCUUACUGAUGAUUAUUGUGCAAUGAUUGUCACCAACUCCAAGCGCACUGAUACUGGACCAUACAAGCUCAGACUCCAGAAUCCAUCAGGAUUUGAUUCAGUAACAGUCAAUGUGCGUGUGCUUGAUCGCCCGGCACCACCAGAAAAUCUCAGAGCAGACGAGUUCAAUGGAGAUGCUCUAACACUCUUCUGGAACCCACCAAAGGAUAAUGGUGGUUCAGAUGUUACCAACUAUAUUGUUGAAAAGAAGGAAGGCCGCGGUAACUGGGUGAAGGUCAGCAGCUAUGUUAUCACGCCUUACCUGAGGAUCCGCAACCUCACAGUGAACGCGGAAUAUGAGUUCCGUGUUAUGGCUGAAAAUCAGUAUGGUGUCUCUGAUCCUUGCACCUCGCCAGCUCCAAUUAAGGCCAGGCAUCCAUUUGAUCCUCCAGGUGCACCAGGAGCACCACGUGGCUUGGAAUCUACAGAAGACUCCAUCACUAUCCAGUGGACAAAGCCUCGCCACGAUGGUGGCUCUCACAUUCAGGGCUACGUUGUGGAAAAACGCAUUUACGGUGACCAUCAAUGGACCAAAGCUUCUCAUGGUCUGGUGAAGGAUACCACCUAUCGUGUCAUCAAUCUCACUGAGCAUCAAGUGUAUGAAUUCCGUGCAGCAGCUGUCAAUGCAGCUGGUCAGGGUCCAUGGAGUGAUCCAAGUGAAAACAUAAAGUGCAUCAGCUUCCGUGCACCAAAGAUUACAUCUGAUCUCAGCAUCCGUGACAUGACAGUCAUUGCUGGUGAAGAGUUUACCAUCACUGUACCCUUCAUUGCAUCUCCACAACCUAAAGUACAAUGGUGGAUUGGACCAAACGAGGUUCUUCCUGAUGAUCGCGUCCAGUUCCACAUGAGCAGUUCUACAUCCACUGUGUUCCACAACAGGAGUGCAAAGAGGGCAGACAGUGGUAAAUACACUAUCAAGCUCACCAAUACUGAGGGUGCUGAUUCAGGUACAUGCAAGGUCUUGGUUGUAGAUAAGCCUUCACCACCUCAAGGACCACUAGAGGUGUCUGAUAUUACACCAGAAACUUGCAGUCUUGCCUGGCGUGUGCCAUUGGAUGAUGGUGGUUCUCCAAUCACUAACUACCAAGUGGAGCGCAUGGAACCACAUACUGGAGUAUGGACUAAGGUUACUGCCUUUGUAAGAUCGUGCCAUUAUGAUGUGAUUGGUCUAGAGCCAAACAGGCAGUAUCACUUCCGUAUCCGUGCUGAGAAUCAGUAUGGUGUAUCAGAUCCCCUUGAGACAGUGGACCCUAUUACAGCCAAAUUCCCAUUCACUGUUCCCGAUCCUCCUGGUCGUCCCAACAUCUUGGAUCACGAUAUCAAUUCAGCAAUCCUUACUUGGGAUCGCCCUGCUUCAGAUGGUGGUUCGAAGAUCCAAGGAUACAAGGUAGAAUUCCGUGAUGUAACUGAUAGUAACUGGACUGCAGCAAAUGACUUCUUAGUAAAGGAGACCACAUAUAAUGUACAUUCCCUUCUCGUCAACCAUGAGUAUGAAUUCCGAGUCAAGGCUAAGAAUGCAGCCGGUUUCAGUAAAUAUUCACCUCCAAGUAAGACUAUUAAACUCAAGGGCAAGUAUGCUGUACCCUCACCACCAGGCACACCUGUGGUCACCAAGAUUGGACGUAACUACGUUGACCUUAAAUGGACUAAACCAGAAAGUGAUGGAGGUUCUCGCAUCACUGGUUACAUGAUUGAAAAGCGUGAACUUGGCAGUAUUUGGGUCAAAUGCAAUGAUUACAAUAUCACUGAUACUUCAUACACAGUAACAAAUCUUACUGAAGGCAGUGAUGUUGAAUUUAGGGUCUACGCUAUCAAUGCUGCAGGCAAAUCUGAUCCAUCAGAUCCAUCUCCAGCAGUUAAAGUUAGAGAGGCUGCACCAGGAGAAAAACCAUUCUUUAUUCGCAACUUGCAAAACACUGCUGUUGCCCUGCAUAAGUCAGUUACACUUGAGUGUGAAGCUGAAGGUAAACCAGUUCCCAAGGGUCGCUGGCUCAGGAAUGGCCGGGAGGUUACUCUUGGUGGGCGCAUUAUGGCUGAAGAAAGCAAUGGUGUCUUUAAGCUUACCAUUGCAGACAUGUGGGAAGUUGAUGAGGGUGAUUAUGCAUGUGUUGCUGCUAACGAUGCUGGCCAAGCCACCUCAAUUGCCCAUGUAAAGAUUGGUAAUCCUCCACGUAUUACUCAGAUGCACAGUGCCCUUUACUUACCAGAGGGUGACAACACAAAGAUUAAGAUCUACUUCACUGGCGAUCUGCCUCUUGAUGUUACACUCAUGCAGAAUAAUGUCCCAGUGGAACAGUCCCAGCGUGUCAAGUUUACAGUGUUUGAUGAGUUUAUCAUCAUUUUCAUCAAGGAAGUUGUCAAGGAAGAUGCUGGUCAGUACACACUUACAGUCAAGAAUGAUUCUGGACAAGUUACUGGUAACUUUGAUGUAUACAUCACUGGGGUACCUGGUGCUCCAUCUCCUCCUUUGGAAGUUACAGAUAUCAAUCGUCACAUGUGCACUCUCUCUUGGCGUCCUCCAGUCUACGAUGGUGGUAUGCCAGUCACACAUUAUGUUGUUGAACGCAAGGAUAUUACUUAUGCUAACUGGAUUACAAUCAAUUCCUUCUGUAGGGACACUACUUUCACUGUCCAGGGACUCACUGAAGGUCAAGAAUACCUGUUCAGAAUUAUGGCAGUCAACGAUAAUGGUAUGGGCCCACCUCUAACUGGUACAAACCCGAUUAAGGCCAAAGCACCAUAUGAUCCACCAUCAGCUCCAGGAGCACCAAGUGUUACCGAAGUUGGUGGUGAUUUCGCCCAUCUUGAAUGGACUAAACCAGAGACUGAUGGUGGUUCUCGCAUCAAGGGCUACUGGAUAGAAAAAUGUGAGGUUGGUUCAAGCAUAUGGACUAUGGUUAAUCAGUACAUCUGCCCAGCCACCCAGAUCAAUGCAGCCAACCUCAUUGAGGACCGUCAAUAUGAGUUCAGAGUUUUUGCUGAAAAUGAAGCUGGUAUGUCACCACCAUCAAUUGGCUCAACAUCUGUAAGGAUUAAAGAUCCCAAUGCUGCCACACCUCCAGUUAUUGAGACUCCUCUUAGAAAUAUUAUGGCAUUACAGCACAGGAGUGGAACAUUCACCUGCAAAAUCACUGGAAAGCCAAGACCAACUAUCUCCUGGUUCAAGGGAAUGCGUGAACUUUGCGGAAGUGCUAAGUACGCUAUCAACAGAGAUGGGGAUACUUACACUCUUACUGUAAAUGAUGUAUAUGGUGAAGAUGAAGAUGAAUACAUGUGCCGUGCACAGAACUCUGGUGGAAUCAGAAGCACCAAAGCUGAACUUUCCAUCAAGUUGGCACCUAAGAUCAAUGUGCCACCUAGGUUCCGUGACACUGCCUUCUUUGACAAAGGAGAAAAUGCUGUUAUCAAGAUUCCCUUCAUUGGUAAUCCUCGGCCACGCAUCACCUGGCAACGUGAUGGAGAAACCAUUGAGUCUGGCGGACACUUCUCUGUUGAGACUCAGUCACGACACGCGAUCCUCACUCUCAGGGAUGUCAACCACCAAGAUACUGGCAAUUAUCGUCUUACUGCUGAGAAUGAACUUGGAUCUGACUCUGUUAUUAUCAAGAUCCAGAUCUCAGACCGCCCUGAUCCACCUCGCCUGCCUAAGGUUGAAAGUGUUCUUGGCAAUGAAUGUGUCCUUUCCUGGCAAGUACCAGCUUGGGAUGGUGGUGCUAAUAUCAAUAACUACAUCAUUGAAAAACGUGAGCUGCCCAUGGAAUCCUGGAUCAAGUGCACAAAUACUCGUUUGACAACUGCUCAGAUCAAGGGUCUUAGCCCUGGUCACCAGUAUCAGUUCAGAAUAUAUGCUGAAAAUGUCUAUGGACGAUCUGAUCCCUCGCCAGUUACUAGUGUUGUCGAAACUCCUUCACCAAAGGUCAAGAAACCAAAGAAGAAGGUCUACGAACUUGACGAGACUGGAAAGAAGAUUCGUGGCAGACAGGAAAGUGUCGAUGACUAUGACAAGUUUGUCUUUGAUGUGUAUUCCAAAUAUGUACCACAGCCUGUUGACAUCAAGCAUGACUCAGUUUAUGAAUAUUAUGACAUCCUCGAAGAAAUUGGUACUGGAGCCUUUGGCGUUGUUCACCGCUGCCGAGAACGCAAGUCUGGAAACAUUUUCGCUGCCAAAUUUAUUCCUGUGGCAUCUGCUAUGGAGAAGGAGUUGAUCCGUAAAGAGAUUGACAUCAUGAAUCACCUCCAUCAUCCUAAGCUGAUCAACCUUCAUGAUGCCUUUGAGGAUGACGAUGAAAUGGUCCUGAUCUUCGAAUUCUUGUCUGGAGGAGAACUCUUUGAACGCAUUACUGCUGAAGGAUAUGUCAUGUCUGAAGCAGAAGUCAUAAAUUACAUGAGACAAAUAUGCGAAGGUGUUAAACAUAUGCACGAGAAGAACAUUAUCCACUUGGACGUGAAGCCCGAGAACAUCAUGUGCCAGACCAAGAACUCCACCAACGUGAAGCUCAUCGACUUCGGCCUUGCCACCAAGCUGGAUCCCAACGAGGUGGUCAAGAUCUCCACCGGAACUGCCGAGUUCGCGGCGCCAGAGAUCGUUGAGAGAGAACCAGUCGGCUUCUACACCGACAUGUGGGCCGUGGGUGUCCUCGCCUAUGUCCUGCUCAGUGGCCUCUCGCCCUUCGCCGGGGAGAACGACAUCGAGACCCUCAAGAACGUCAAGGCCUGUGACUGGGACUUCGACGAGGAAGCCUUCAAGAACGUGUCCAAUGAGGCCAAGGACUUCAUCCGCAGACUCCUCAUUAAGCACACAGAGAAGCGCAUGACCGCCCACGAGUGCCUGAGACACGCCUGGCUAAGGGGCGACUACUCCCCUAGACUGGAACCAUUCGACAUGAUGAGAUACAUUCCUAUUCGCGACAAAAUCCGAGCCAAGUACAAGGAAUGGGAGAAGUUCCUUCUGCCCAUCGGCCGCCUGGCUGAGUAUUCCUCCCUCAGGAAACUCCACCUCGAGAAGUACAGAAUACAUGACACUCAGUUCGACCGACGCCAGUGUUGCCCCCGAUUCGUCAUUCGACCACAGAACGCCUUCGCCUAUGAGGGCCAGAGCGUGAAGUUCUCCUGCCGAAUCGUGGCCGUGGCUGCUCCCACCGUCUGCUGGCUUCACAACAACAUGGAGCUCAGACAGUCGGUCAAGUACAUGAAGAGGUAUUCUGGCGAAGAUUACUCCUUCAUCAUCAACCGCGUCAAGCUGAGCGACCGUGGCGAGUAUAUCAUCAGAGCAGAAAACACCUACGGUGCCAGAGAAGAACCAGUCUUCUUGAACGUCAUGCCCAUACCACCAGAGAUUCCACAGUACAAACCACAAGAACAGAUCAUCCGCCGCCGACAGCCCCUCUCGUACAAGAUGUGGCAGGAGGAGAGCGACAGCACGCCCAGCUUCACCUUCUUGCUCCGUCCUCGCGUCAUCCAGUGCCACCAGACGUGCAAGCUCCUCUGCUGUCUGUCCGGAAAGCCAACGCCGACGGUGAAAUGGUUCAAGGGCGCCAAGGAGCUCUCCAAAUCCGACUAUUCCAUGUCCCACGCCGACGGCGUCGUCACCAUGGAGAUCGUCAACUGCAAACCCUCCGAUUCGGGCAAAUACAGAUGCGUGGCAUCCAAUCCUCUCGGCAUGGACGAGACCUCCUGUGUUGUCAUAGUAGAAGGCCACGGAGAUCGAACUGCCGAGCAAACCUCUCUGAUGUCUGGCCUCAAUUUCUCAGACCGAAGGUACCUCGAGACCACCAUCAAAGACAUGCCACCGCCUCCCACUCCCGCCAUAAGAAUCGAAGAUUCGAGCUCGUCCUCCAGUUACUUCAGUUCAACCCAUAAGUCUGCUGCCACCAUCGCCGUAACGGGCAGCAGCGCCAGCGCCAAAUCAGAAGCCAAAGUUUCCACCAAAGUUGAAACGUCCUCCUCGUCCUCCUCCUCAACGACGGCGACAUCAGGGUCCAAGAGACAACUCAAACCUUACGGCAAGAGGCAAGACUCCACAGGAACGACGUCAAGAUCUCGUUCGGCCACGAAGGAGCUUGAGUUGCCUCCCGAUGACUCGUUGAUGGGCCCCCCAGGAUUUUCUGGAGAACUACCCCCAACGCUUAAUGUUAAGGAUGGUGAAGCCCUGUGUCUGAAAUGUACAGUCAAGGGUGAUCCAGAGCCCCAAGUCACGUGGUUCAAGAAUGGUGAGCCCCUAAGUUCCUCAGACAUCAUUGAUCUCAAGUAUCGCCAAGGCCUGGCUUCACUGACAAUUAACGAGGUAUUCCCAGAAGACGAAGGCAAAUACGUGUGUAAAGCCAACAAUUCCUUAGGCACAGCAGAAACCACCUGUGUCCUCAAGAUCACCCCAAUGGAACAACAGGUCAAUGGCAAAGGAGGCCAGGGAGACAAGAUCCCAAGAAUUGUUGAGCACCUCGUUUCUGAACUAGUCCAAGAUGGUACUCCCCACACGCUCAAGUGCAGAAUUGGAGGCGCUACCAAGUUCGAUGUAGUUUGGUUGCACAACGAGAAGGAAAUCAAGCCUUCCAAGGACUUCCAGUAUGUAACUGAGGGUGACACGUACCUCCUGAAGAUUGCCGAAAUCUUCCCAGAGGAUGCGGGCACCUACACCUGCGAGGCUUUCAAUGAUAUCGGCGAAUCAUUCAGCACAUGCACAGUAAAUGUUAUAAUCCCUGGCGAGGAGAAGAAACAGCCAGCCGUGAAGAAGUUCCCCAAAUCACAGACAGUUGAAGAAGAGAAGUCGGCAGCCUUCAAGAUUGCUUUUGAAAGUGAGCCCCUGAAGCUGACCUGGGUGAAGGAUGGUAAACCCAUUGACGAAUCCACGCCCCGUUUCAAGUUCCAGAAAGAUGAUAAAGAAUACUCGCUUACCAUCCCAUCUUGCCUGCCAACUGAUGUCGGGCAGUACAUAGUCAAAGCCGCUGCUAAGAAGGGAGAGACAACCACUGCCUUCUCUCUGAAUAUUUUUUCAUCUGCCGAUCUGUGAUUCUUUUCCACACCAUAAACUCUGAGGCACUGAUUGGACCACAUCACGACGAUUGUCACGUUAACCUGCCUCUGAGGCUCAUGCGUGACUGACUAACUCACUUUGGCCACUCAGUAUGCAUUAUAGCUUGCUGAAGUGGCCUUAGAGCAAGCAUUUUCAUCGUGUUAUAGUGUCUGUGUGCAUGUCCGCUUCUGUGCUACAUGUAUUUUUCCUAUGAGAGUACUUAUUAUUAAUAUUAUUUAUUAGAUAUAGUAUAUCCCAUUGAUGUGGAAGAGAUAUGAAUGCAGCGAGAAAGGAUCUACCAUCAUAUCAAUAAAAAUAGAUGUAUGUAUUCAGUUCUGUAUCCAAUUCACAACAUUGUAUAUUAUUAUCCCCUUUGCACAAAGUGACUCCUUCAUUUAUAGGCAUCAACGGCUCCUUCUUAUAUAGUCACUCGCGAUCUUUUCAAAGGCACUGACAGCCAUGCUUUCUGAAGACUGCAUCACCACGAGUUGGCCUGCACAGCACAGCACAGCACGUGGCGCCAUCUAUCCGAAAAGAGAUGAACUCUAUCGCGCCAGAACAAUGUUUUCCCUCGUGGUUUUCAUUCUUUAGACAUAGCAUAUUUCAUGUCAGCGUUCAUCGUUCAGGAAAACCAUUUUUAACCCUCUCUUUCCUCGUAUUAUUAUUAUUUUAUAGUUCAGAGCCUAUAUAGUAUUUUGCUGUACUUCUAACCUCCCGGAUUUGGAUGAAACCCGCUCUUGUAUGGGUUGUUACUUGCACCUCAACUCAUAUGACUGCGGAUUUGCGUUCCAUCCCGCUAUGCACAACACGAAAGAUAAACACACAAAUGACACACUUAUGCACGCACACACAGACACCGACUUGAACAGACAGUGCCCGUGUCUCCUCUCUUUCUUUCUUUUUCUAAUCAUGUCCCAGCUAAGGUCUCGUCCUUGUUACGUCAUCAGCCUAUGAACCAAUCACGUAGCUCCUUUUAUUUGCACUGUUCCCUGAACUGAAAUACCAGUCCUCCAAGAAUAAUACCCAGACAUUUUUCACAUUAUUACGAUGAUUUGGUUGCCAUCUAGUUACGUUUAAGAAAUGAAGAAGAAGAAGAAGAAGAAGACAUACUUGUCAGUUUCUCAGUAGACUGGUGAAGUCGGGGUGGAUGUGCCCGGUUUUAGGCCACUGCACGUUAAUGAUUCAGAUGAGAAAGUGCCGUUCUAUUGUAACUUGUAAUAAGGCUUUUACGCGAGAAAUAUAUGUGAAUUUUAUUA